AUGACCGACAGAACGGCUGAAGCCCCUAACCAUUAUAUCAUAUCCCGGCGUUCCGCUGAACCGCUCGGUCUCAACUACCGAGCUCAUGUUCUAAAUCUAUCUGUCGCUUCUUCUUCCGCUACCACCACCAGGGCCAGCUCCUACAUGCCGUCCGACCUUAAGGCGCACUAUGACCCCCGCAUAGGCGACGAGGACGAGGAGGAGUCCCCGCCCUCGCAGACUCGCCCGGCGCCCCCUCACAUCCAGGUGCCGGGCUCACCGCCUGAACCAGGUCUAUCUUCAGCGUCGGCAUCGGACGAGAAGCUCAAGCGCGCGGCGAGUACCAAGGAGAAACCUCGUAUCGCGCGUCCCAAAGGCGAAGAGCCGCAGUGGCAGAAGGUGGCGCGCGCAGUCAUCAGCAAGAUCCCUCUGGUCAACAAUCUCGGCUGGGUCAAGGCCAACUUUGUCUUCUCCAAACUGAAGCCUGUGAUUCGGAGCUCUGUCGCUGCUUGGGUCGCGGUCGUACUGCUGGUCGUCAAUCCAGUCCUGCGCACCAUGGGGCAGGCUGGUUUCCUCAUUGUCAUCGCCUCCUUCCUAUCACCACCGAGCGACCCUACUAUCGCAAACAUCGAACGGGAGAUUGUUAUCGUGCUGAUAGUCUUGGUGUCCUGGGCAUGGAGUAGUUUGGGCGUGAAGCUGGCCAGUCUGGCCCGUUCUCAGGUCAUCCUCAAUCCGGACCAACAACUUGCUCAACAGGGGGCCUAUGUUGAAGCUGCUCCGUCCGUGAUUCUUGCCGUCUUCCUAUUCGUUGGCACCUCAGUAUUCCUGUACAUCAAGGCACGAAAAGGACCUGGACCAUUCCUCUUUGCUACUGUUCUCGGCUGCAUCUGUCUCGAUAUCUCCAUGCAAACUGCUGUGUUGUACCCAUUCCCACUCUACUCAAUCGGUCAAGCUGUCACUCUACCCCUUGUUUUUCACGCUGCCAUCGCUAUCGCAUGCUCCAUCCUAAUAUUCCCCAUCUCUAUCUCUGCGCAAUUCGUUGUCCGCCUCCGCGGAGUCAUCAACCCUCUUCACGGCGCCAUACUUGAGCACAUGAACGUCCUAUCUACACCUACUACGUCGCCGGAGUUCAGCCCCGCUAUGGCCCGGCAACUGGUCAAUGGAGCCGAAGGGGCUCUUGCUCCUCUAGCAAUGUCCGCCCGCCUUCUACCUCGCGACAUCGUCUGGCACCGCUUCUCUGGACCCGAUCUGGCGGUAUUCCGCGAGCGAUUUGGGCGCAUGACCGUGGCCGCUGGUGGGAUGAAUCAUUACUUCUCGUUGAUCGAUCCGACUCGCGAGCGCUUUCCUGUUACACCGGCGCCAUCUCAGCCAGCCACGCCCAUUUUGUCCCCUACGCAGUCCCGCGCUGCGUCUCCAACCCGCACGGAGCACCGUACCAAUGAUGGCCACGAGUCGCCCAUCAUAGAGGGCAAACCUUACGUCUCUCAUUCGACCGACCACGCUAUGACGACUCGCAACGAUAGCGAACCCACCGUAGGCACGACACCCCCGCAUCCGGGUGGUACCGACUCACAUUCGGACUUCCCCGCCUUCCUCGACUUCUCCAAGAAGCGCGGCAGGAGAAGGCAUCCACACUUUGAGACUGAGCCAUUGACACCGACGUCUUCGCGCGCACCGAGUAUCCGGACAGGACGACAUUCAAAUCGCCACAGUCUUGCUGCCGCCCUACAUCUUCCUGCACUACAUCACCGCGAGCACGUAGUUGGGGUCUUCGAGAGUCAGCGAUACCUUGAUCUCGAGAACACCCAUUGGCAUCAUCCCUUUGCCGCGCGUUUUACGGAGAGAGCGACCGAGCUGCUUCAUGAGAGUGUGCGCGAUGUGCUCGAGAACGCAGCAGGAGGUCUUAAAGCGCUGGACAAGUGGCUUGAGACCAGCAGGAAGCACAAGUAUGCCUUUUGGCGCUGUCGUGACGAUAUGCGACGUAUACAAGAAGAGCGAGCUGCGGGACUUUUGAUCGCCAUCAAUGCACUCAACAAGUCUCUGGAUGACUUCAGGAAAAGCAGGCGGUUCAGAGUGCUCGAGCCGUACCGCGAGGCUUUCGAUCCGAAGCAUCUGGGCUCGAUGACGGGCGAUAACGUACCACCACAUCGCUUCCUAUUCCACUGCUACCUCUACCAAUACCACCUUCGUCGCUUCUGUGUCCGCCUCAACGAAACGUUGGAGCUUGCUCUUGAGCUCGAGACGAAGCGCACCAAGACGCGUCUCUGGCUAGCUGAUUCUGCCCUGUGGAAGAUAUGGAAGUGGUCGAUCUGGGACUUGCACUCGAACGACGAGCGUGAGGACGAUGAGAACCCGGAUGUCAUUCAGGGCGCGGACACCACCGGCGAUCUCGGCGAGGCAAUGUGGCGCGAUCCCGACGCAAUGCCACCCACGAACUGGUUCGAGCGUAUCAUGGCAGCACUGUACCACGGCGUGCGCUCCCUCGGUGGCGCUAACCUACUCUUCGCUCUCAAGGCUGGCCUCUUAACAGUUGUCCUUAGUAUUCCAUCACUCCUCAAGUCGACGGCUGGUUUCGCUUAUGCGGAGCGCUUCAGCUGGGCGGUAUUCAUGGGUCAACUUACGCUUGCGAGGUUCCGCGGAGACACAUCAUUUGGUCUAGUGGCGCGUAUCGUCUCGACCUUCCUCGGCGGCCUUGUCGGUACUGCGAUGUGGUAUGUCUCGACCGGCGAUGGUCAAGGCAAUCCGUACGGUCUGGCGGCUAACACGCACUACAUUGCCGGGACUUUCAGUGCAUACGGGAUCAACUUGGCUUGGCGACGUUUCCUACUCGUGACGUGCGGUGUUGUCGCAGCGUUUAUUUUCUCACUCCUCCCACCAUCAGCGACGCUGCGCGCAUAUCAACGGCGCACAUAUGCUACGACCAUAUCUGAGAUUGGGGGCGCUUACUGCGCCAUCGUAUCGUAUGCGAACUCACGUGGCUCUCAUGAGAAUACGCGAGAGAUCAUGCAGCGCCUGGUGGCCAUACGCCUGAAACUCAAGCGCUCGAUGUUCUUGAAGACGAAUAUCGUUUACGAGUUCUCCCUGCGAGGGAAGUGGCCUACGGAGAGAUAUCAGAAGGUCCUCGAAAUACAGAUCGAAAUUAGCAACCUGCUCUCCCACUUACUCUCAGUGGUUGAGCACCUCGAGCCCGUCUGGUCUCGCGCCUUCCUUCGUCGCACACGAUUCUUGGACGCCGACUUUCAGGGCGACGUUCUGGCCGUCAUCUCCCUCAUCUCUACUGCCUUACGCACCGGCGCUCCAUUACCGCAGAUCACCCCGUGCCCUUUACUAGAGCGAUUCAUCGUUCAUGGUCACGGUCUCAACAUCCUUCGGCACGAACAAGACGACGACUACGGACUGCCUCGGACAAUGACGAUCGAUACGCUCGAGAAUGAGCAGUACUCCGUCUUCUGUGUCGGCGUGUCGACUGCUUUCGGGAUUGUAAACCGCCUGGAUCGACUCAUGGUCGCUACGAAGGAGCUGGUCGGGGAGCAGUAUCAUAUACAUGGGGUUGGUUUCGUGCAGAAGAUGGGUGGAGUGGAUAUGGCGUCGCGAGUCCCAGUCUCAACGCUCAACGCCUCCCGUCUUGAACGCGUGCUCGUCAUCCUCAACCCAGUCCUCGAUAGUAGCUGCGCUCCUGAAACGCGCCGCACAACUGCGCACUGCAAUCCUUUCGCCGAUACCAUCAUGAGAAGCCUGCAGGAUAUCGAUGCAGAAAUCACCCAGACUCGGGACGAGCUCAUUGCGCUUCGUCGUCAGAGGAACCAUCUUUCCGCGACGCAGCGUCUCCCACCUGAAGUCCUCGUGCGCAUACUUCGCCUCACCGACGAGGACCGAUCCUGGCUAAACGCUGGUGAUGGCCACGGCGAAUACAAAGUCACUCGCCCUUUAACUUGGAUGGCCGUCCUGCACGUCUGCUCCCGUUGGCGUGAGAUCUGUUUCAACUUCCCCGCAUAUUGGACGUCCGUACCGACAUGGAACUCCCAUUGGAUGGAGUUGGCGCUCUCUCGCUCUGGCGCUGCACCUAUAGAUCUGUAUUAUGGCCUCAAUACGAAGGACUAUCCUCUGUCAUCUACCGCGGCUCUUAGGCAUCUAGACCGCGUGCGCACUCUCCGCGUUGAGCAUCCGAAAUUCGCAGAGCGGGAUACCUGGUUUGUCCCCUUCAUGACGAAACACCCCGCGCCGUUACUCGAGUAUUUUGAGUAUGGCCCCAUCGGAAUGCAAUUCACAUUAUCGCGACUGGAUUAUUUGAACAUGGACCCUCUCGACUUGGCGGAUAUAUCACUCUUCCAAGGCGUCGUGCCUCAAUUGCAUUCCCUUGGCCUUACCCUGGUUGGCCUCCCACCCAGCUCUGCUCUCCUUGUGCCAACAUUAAGCUACUUGAAUCUCAAUUGCAUUCCGCGCCGAUGGAGAUGGACGUACCCGCAGCUUCGAGACGUCCUUGAACGCCUGCCGCGGCUUCAAGACUUGCGCCUGCACAACGCCUUACCGCUGUGCACAUCCGCAGCAACGGCACCAUCAUCGCAAUUGGAGCUACCAAGGCUUGUGCACGUCAGUCUUGGUAUAGAGCGGUGCCCGGAAGCUCGGGAUUUCUUCACCCACUUUGUUGUACCUCCCACAGCAUUCGUCGAAGUCGAGAGUGAUUGUUCUCACCCACACCCCGAGGAGGUCUUCGAAGACAUAGAAAAUGAAGACAUAUACCCCCCACUACCUGAGGACGACGUACCCCCACAUCAGCGACUGAUUGAGGCCGUGCGCAUGCAUACGCACGGUGUGGGCUCAGACGGGCCGCGCGAAGGAAUGCAACCCGUUCGUCAUCUACAUGCCGAGGUCAGCAUCAAUUCGAUGCGUUUUGGUCUGGACGGACAUCCUUGUGCGGAAGUCGAGUUCGACUGCGAGAAGUCCGUGAACUUUGAUCCUCUCCCAUGGGACGAGGAUCCGGGGUACCAUAUCCCCCAUAUCGUCCUGGAUUCCUACACGCCCGGACCGCACCCAAUCAGCCCUGAGGCUAUCUCAGCUACCGAAGCCGCGCCACAUCUAGCCGUCGAGAUUCCGUGGCUGGUUAACCAGCUCGCGGUACAGCUAAGUGGCGCUAGCGUGGACUCGCACGAAGAGGCCCCCGCGAUAGACGAUGCAUCGGGCUCCGGCUACAGUCCUCUUGCGCACGCACUCGGAGUCAUCGCUCGAGACUGGUCCUUGGAUUAUCUCGAGACAAUGACCAUUUCGGGCUCACGCAAUGCUAUCCCGCUUGCAGACUGGCAGCGAAUCUUCAGCGAUUGCCCCCGUCUGUACAAGUUGUGCGUACACGGCGAUGCAGGCGCCGUAGCACUCUUGUGCGCCUUGUUACAAGGAGAUGGGUCUGGCCUGCCUCUAUUUCCGGCGCUCAACGUGCUAGCAAUCUACGGAGUUGACCUCGGCGAGGGUGGUCUUGGGCUGACUACGCUCGAGCUUCUGCUGCGCCGACGCACCGUCGGCGUAUUAAACAUGAAAAGCUGCAGAGUCAAAGCGCAUUCGGUAGCUGGUUUGCGUCAGGUUAGUCCUGAGAGCGACAUCAUAUGGGAUCAGAAGGAGGACACAAUUCUCCGACGUAUGGCUCAGACUCAGGAUACCGCUUGA